AUGGCCGCAAAAGCUGCAUUUAAAAAAAAGUAAGAAGAAGAAUACGAUUAUGAUCAGUAUGGCUUUUAUCUUCCUCUUUCAAAAAUUAGCAUGUAAAGUGAUAAAAAAGAACUGAAAAAAGUUAAUGCGAGAGUUGAGAAAUGGAGAAAAAUGCUACCAAAUAUUGAAUAGCUAAUUUAAAGUAAAAAUGAGAAAUUAAAAACUAGAAUUAGAAAAGGAAUUCCUGAUGGAAUCAGACUGAAAGUUUGGCCCCACCUUGGCCAAAUAGAAGCACUUAAAAAAAAAUAUAUUAACUAGGGAUAUAACUACCUCAUCAAGCAAGCUGACUUUCCUUAUGAAACAGAUAUUGAUGCGGAUUUGAACAGAACCUUUCCAAAUCAUUAACUCUUUAGAGAUUAAAAAAAUACUGGAAUAGAAUCUUUGAAAAAUGUAUUAAAAGCCGUCUCCUUAACUCAUGAAGAUAUGGGAUAUUGCUAAGGAUUAAAUUUCAUAGCAGCUGCAUUUAUGAUUUAUAUUAAUGAUGAAGAGUCCUAUUAUAUGAUUAUAAGUCUUUUAGAAAAUUAUGAUUGUAAAAAAAUGUAUGAAGAUGUAGCUAGUAUCAGAAAAUAGUUGUUUGUGCAUGACCAUUUGGUAAAAAAAUUUUUGCCAGAUAUUAGUGAACAUUUCCAAAAUUAUGGCAUUGAAUCAAUAACAUUUGGAACAAGCUGGUAUAUGACUCUCUUUAGUUCUGUUUUGCCAUUCUAAUAUUUUUUAAGAAUUAUGGAUAUAUUCUUCUUUGAAAAAUGGAAAAUAGUUUAUAGAGUUGCUUUAGCUAUGCUUAAACUUAAAAAAAAGAGACUUCUAAAUGCUAAAUCUUUCGAAGAAGUAUUUUUAGUACUCAAAGACUUUUCAGAGUAUGAAAACAAUAUAAUUGAUCAAGAUAAAUUCUUUAAAAUUGCUUGUAAAGAUUUCAUAUUUUCGAAAACCUUAAUUGUAGAAUUGGAAUAGCAAUAUGAUGCUCUCAAUCCUCCUAAUGAAAAUAAAAAGAAAAAUAGACCUCUUCAGGCAAGAGCAAAAGAAAGUGAAAAACUGAUGCUAGAAGAUUAAUAAAAAAUAUUAGAAUAAUAGCAAUAGGCCAACAUUAAUUUUUCUCAAAAUGAAAAUAUUGAAGAAAAAAAAGAUUAAAACGAAAACAUUUUCUAGAUUUAAGAAUAAUAAAUCGAAAAUCUUACUAAGUUCCAAGUAAAGGAAAGUAGUUAGUUAAAAAAUUUAAAGUAAGAGUUACAGCUUCAACAUAAACCCUCAAGCGAGUCUAAUGGAAACCUUUCUCCCUCAUAUACUAAUGAAAAUAAAGAAUAAUUUACUAUUCCUAAAUUAUAUGAAUGA